GAUAUUUAAGUCAGAACGGCAUAGUGACCACCAGUGUAUAUUCGACGGGCGAGAGGUGAAGGUUGGCUGUGUUACGGGGCAGACUGUGGUAAAGGGAUAUACACCAGAUUAUAGUGCAAGGCACAGAAGGAGCAGCCGAGGAGGAGACAAGUGGUGAUAUAAAGUGGUGCUCGAGUGCGAACUGCUCUCUCUCACACACACACACGGGGAAGUGGGAGUUACAUAAGGGGGAGAUUAAUCACUAUAGUGGGAGUUUACAACGAGGAGAUUACUCACUAUAGUGCGAGGAUUACCUAUAUAUAUAUCCUUGUUCCUAGAAGAUGAACGAGUGGUUUACCCGGCGCUGCUUCAGAAGCAGUAAGAUGGAGGUGUCAGCCGAGCAGGUGGAGCAGGCUGUGGUGGAGUUUUAUCGGGAUCCUGUGUCCAAGAGUGGACUUAAUGCCUGGUUAAUGCAAGCCCAACACUCUCGCCACUCCUGGACCUUUGCCUGGCCACUAUUGGAUCCAAGAAAGCCUGAAGAAGUGCAGUUUUUUGCUGGGAACACUGUAUAUAUGAAGGUGUCAAGAUACUGGCAUGAAGUUCUAAAAGAAGAUUAUGAACCGCUUAAAAUAAAGAUUUUAAACCUUAUUGCACAAUAUAGUAAUUCUAAAGUGAUCCUCAAUAGACUAGUUAAAUCUUUAGGAGCGUAUGUUAUCCACACAAUUCAAUCGGAUUGGACGACGGCCAUACAAGAUAUUAUAACCAUGUUUGACCCAGGAACAGUAUCGGGCAUAGAACCAUCUACAGCACUAAAUCUGUUGUUUAGUAUACUUACUGUGAUACCUGAGGAACUUGAAUCUAUGCAAGAAGCCAUGAGUAUAAACAGUAAAGACAAACAGAUCAUAACGGGUUCCAUCAGAAAUAGUCAUCAGUCGGUCUUGAGCCUGAUCUCCCAAGUGAUGCAGGCUGGACAGGUUAGCAAUGUGAUUAAGGAGGUGGUACUCAAGACUUUAAAUGCAUGGCUCAAGCUCUCCCUUCCUCUCUCCGAAACAAGGGACCUACUAGUGGCUCUCAUACCUUACUCCAAUUAUGCCCUUCUAUGUGAACCUGUGAUGGAUGCCAUACGGACAGCAGUGACGGACGUUGGUACUUACAACAUUCCCAACACGGUGAUGGAUUUUGUUACGCAGAUGCUUGGUCUAACUCCUGUAUUGGAAGAAGCGCAACAUGCUAAUGAUGAAAACACGGCAUCGUUGGUGUACAGUCUUUUUACCUCGGUGGUUGAGUGUCAUUCCCGGUUACUUCUACAAUGUGCACUGCAAGCUGAGCACCAGGCAACAGUGGUGCAAGUGGUUGCUCUCCUCCUCCAGUGUGCAGCCACUCCUGGACAAUACCCCACAGAUGAGACUACCUCUAACAUUCCUUUUGCUGUAUGGUUUACCAUUCAGGAUGAUAUUAUGACCUUCGAGGGAGAGCAGCAGGCCGAACUGUUGACACUUUUCCAGCCUGUGUACCUGAAACUGGUGGACACUUUUAUCCAAAAAUCUUUAUUGCCACCUGAUAGUGCUCUAACUUCAGAAGAGAAGGAAAUGUUUCGUUGUUACCGACAAGACAUCUGUGAUACUUACAUGUAUGCCUACUAUGUAUUAAGAGGAGACAUGUUGAGCCACUUAGAAGUUCAUCUUAAAGAUGCUGUAGUGAAAAUGCAGACUGAUCCCAGUGAUUGGAGAUAUUUGGAAGCUGUACUUCAUGCGUAUUCCUCGGUAGCCGAAACAGUUGCUGAGACCGACAACUUUUAUGUACCACGAUUUAUUCAGAGCAUACCUCAGAUACCUUUUUCUGACAAUAUUCAACUAAUAUCUGUGGCAUUAACAACACUAGGUGCAUACGCAGACUGGUUGAACUACCACCAAGACCACAUGCACCAUGUUAUCCCACUAAUGGUUGAAGGGUUAGUCAAUGCUUCGCUGGUUGGAGCUGCGUCACAGGCCCUUCGUGACUUGACACUUGAGUGCCCCCUCACCAUUUCCCCCUUUUCACAACCCAUACUUAAUAGUUGCCAAAGAGCCUUGGAACAGAGUCGGCUGGACAGUGCAGAAACUGAGCGUAUCAUGACUAUAAUAAGCCGUGUGCUCUCCGUGGGCAAGGACCAGCCGACUAUCAUGACCUACCUCAAUGCCACCCUCACCCCAUAUAUUUCUCGUCUUAGUCACCUUAAGGAUCUCAUGAGAAAUGGCUUGUCCCGUGAGCAACAUAAUGAAUUGGUUUCACUUCUCAAGUUAUUAUCUUGUCUGUCUAGACACCUAAACCUCAAUAAUUCGGCUGUGGAGGAAGAUGAUGAUGAGGAUGGAACUACACGAAGACAUUCACAGGUGGUCAGUGGAGAGCCUCAGCCAUUGCUACUCGUCUUGCAACAGCUAAUGCCCCUCUUGUCUGAAAUUGCGUCCAAGGCGAGAACAGACCAAGAAGUCAUUGAGGCUCUCUGUAAACUACUGAAAAACAGCAUAAGUACACUGGUAGAUGACUGUGUAGCAAUCUUGCCGGCAAUCCUAGAAAUUAUACCUCAGCUCUAUGAAGCAUCCCUCAACCCAGCAAUAUUAGAUUUAGUUAAACAGCUUGUUAUUCUGUUCGGCCGGGAAGGUAACCAAGAAGCAAAUAUGGGAGUUUUGCUACGAAUGGUAACAUCGACUACUUUGAGUAGAGCCUCUGCGGAUUUGUGGAAUCACACUGAUGCUGUCCAUGGUUGCCUCACACUCCUGACUGCCACGUUCAAAAAGACUCCACACCUCACAACAGCUAACCAUAAUCAUUUAGCACCACUGUUUCAUCUUGGUGUAGAAGCCCUAAAAUUACCUGAAGAAGGAACAGUUCGAAGUGCGGGUCAUUUUCUAGCUGGGUUUAUUAAUUUUAGCAGAGACCCACAAGGAGGCUGUCUCCAGCCCGUUGUAGCCCACAAUACGGAAACUCUCGUUAGAACACUUAUGUUCUGUAUAUGCAAUUCACCCCGCCAUAGCCUGAGUAGCUUCAGUGAUGUCCUAAGUGCAUUAUGUAAAAUGUAUGGCGAUGAUCUUGCACGUACAUUCAAGACUGUACAAGCAGAUGAAGCGUUUUUGUUACCACGUGUCACGGCACACCAAAAAGCAGAGUUUGCCAAGAAGGUUUUAAAGAAUCGGGGAAGCAAACGUAAAAUUCUUGAAGCUGUGACAGACUUGGCGCUGAUUGGCAGAGGUCUUGCCGGUACAGAUUAUGGAGCUCAAACGCGUGGAUUCCACUGACAGACUGCCUCCAUUCUUCCCUCCCUCAACUGUUUUGGGGUCUGCUUGUUGUAUUCAAAUGGUUUAAUCAGCCAAAGUUUUCUUGCUCUAGAAUAUGUUUCAUACAGAGUUUAAUACACCAUCUCCAAAUAAGUAAUCAAUAACUAAUACAUGUCAGGUAAAUGCAUUAUUUUAUAGAAGUGUGCGUAAUAUUUUUGCUCUAGUUUAUCGGUUGAAAUUAGGUUAGUAUACUGUAGCUUGUUGCAGUAUAUUUGGCCUGUAUUAUAUACUGUGUGUUUGCAACAGAAGUGAUUUAUACAUACCUGGGAACUUGGAAUGCUACAUAUUUUAGGACAAGAGAAAAUUGUUAAAAAUUGUGAAUAUUUAUUUUUAUCUUCAAAAAGUUUUUGAUGUAUCAUUGCAAGAGCACAGCCGCCUCUCACAAUAUUAAGUCAUUACAAAUACCAAGAUCAGGGAAUGGGAGGGGCACUUUGUCUUUCAAUCGCGUAGCUUAAAUAAAUAUUGUAAAUCGUCAACAUUAUUGAUAAAUGUUAAAAUUUGUAUUUUUGGUUAAUAUGAAAAGAUUCACUUUUUAUUUGUACAGUUUAUCAAGACUCGCGUGGUAAAUAGCUGAUGAAUCUGUCCAGUGAUACGCUACAGAGAGAAAGGGGGAGAGAGAGAAAUACGAUAUUUUACUACUUAAUUACACUUUAUAUUGGUUGCCCCAUUUAAAUGUGUGCCCUCACUAUUAAGCUGUAGGGCUUGAGUAGCACUUCAGCAUUUAAUUCAAGUAGUACCAAUUCAUAAUUUUUUGCUAGAAUUUAGAGUUGUCCUUAUCCAUCACUUUAAGUACAGCAGAAUGUGACUACCCUGAACACCAGAUAAUGUUACCGAAACUUGUCAAGGUGAUUAGUGUUUGUGACAGAAUUUGAAUUCGGUUGCAGCUGAAUGCUAAGCUUGCAACUUUUCACUGGUGCACAUCCUAUGCAAUGCUCAUUACAGCAGUUAAACUCUAUAUUAGAGAUCUUUAUUAUAUGUAAAUAAUUUGAUAGCAGUAUUAUAUUUUGUUUUAUACGGUUCCUUUCGUAUGCAGUGUUUAUAGCAUGACUGAUUCCUGCUGUUCAUUUGAUCAUUUAAAUGAGAAGACUAAAAAAAAUAAGUUGAAGUUUUCAAGCCCCAAAACCAUUAAUUUUAUAUUUUGAUUCCGAGUGAUUAAUUCUGUGACUGCUAGAUAAUGUUAGGUUUGUUACGGCCAACAAUUGGGCCAUUUAACAUAUAAAUUGGCCUUGACAUAAGAGAUCCACUAGUCCAAUAUCAGAUUAUUGUGAUUUUGAUUUGUGGCAGUUUCAUUAUUAAUUUUGUAAGUGUGGUUACAGUGAGUGCUACGCUCUGUGCCCCCAUCUUCCCAGUACUGUCAUGUGAUGCUUUCAAACUACUGACAGUAACUUAACACUUGUUCCAACUGUCUACCACUCUCUUUACAAAAGAGAAGUUUCUAAUAUUUUUUUGGCACCUUUGCUUCCUAUAAUUUUGCAACCCCCCCAUUUUUUUUGCUUUUGCGUGUGUGUGUGUGUGUGUGGAGGGGAGAGAGAGCACAUUUGUAUAUACAGGAAGGAUAGUUAUGUUUAUGGCCCAUUUUCUUUGUAUAUUUUACCAUAAUGUUUGAACUGUCUAUGGUUUUUAGCACACGACCAUUUGCUUUUCUAUUCGUAAAGAAAUGCUUUCCGUUAUUAAUUUCCUGGCAUGGUACCUUCUUUUGAUAAUUACUUAUCCAUUAUUAGCUUUUUUCAAUGUCUUAAAUCUGUGGCAUUCUUUUGUGCUUAAUUCUUACUUUUACAACUUCCCUGUCUAUUGUUUCAUACCCUCAUUCAUUCUUAUUGUCAGGCAGUGGUUCGAGCUGGUUUGUAACUCUGACGCAUUUGUUGGGCAAGUCGCCUCCCAUAUAGAUUUUGCUCAUAAUUUUAUCACCUUCCUUUUUAUUUUAUUUUAUUAUUUUUUCCAAGCCUUUCCCUGGAUUGAUAUGAAAAUGUCAGUGCCUUUGUUGUGUGUGUUGAUGCUGUGUACAUGAAGAAUGUGCUUGCUUAUCGAUGAAUAUGGGGGGAGUGAAAUCUAGCUCUUGAUUAAUGCAGGUCAUCUCCAGAUGAUUGAUGAUGAUCUAACUCUAAUUACAUGCAAACAUGUCGUAACGUCGUCGUCCCUUCAACUUCUAGUGUGUGGUCUGGUCAACACGUGCAAACAAAUAAUAAUAGACUCGCUGUUCUGUGGAGUAUUAUAAUAAGCUCCAUAGGUCAUCCAUUUUAAUAAUUCCCAAGAUAAAAGCUGGAAUACAGUGUUUUGUGCCCUCCUGCAGGUAAUGAUAUAUUUUUUUAUUUCUCUUGUGUACAUACUAAAGAGUAAGGUACAUAUCCAUAAGGUACUUUGUAUUAUGGUUUAUCACUUUAACAAAUAUUGGCUAAAAAUGGGGAAAGGAAAUUGAUAUAAAUUCAGAUGGCAAUCUUGCAUCCCACAGAUCAUGACACCGUUGACAGAAUUUAAUUUAUGGGAUUAUGGGAGAAAAAAUUGAGAGAAAAUAUUAACACAACCAUCAAAUUAUGGUCACAUUGUGUUUUAAAGUGAAGCGCAGAUUUCUUAGUAAUUUGCAUCAACAACAAUAAAUUAUUAGGAGGAUAUCAUUACGUUAAUACAGUAACGUACCAUCCCCCUCCCCUGUCAAUUCACUUGGAUAUCUUACUUUUUUUUUUUCUUUUUUUUUGAGAUUAAAUCAUAUUUUACACUUCAACUCUUUGUAUUUGAGCAGCACCCGUAAAACCAUCACCAUUUGAAUGUGAGUACAGUAUACACACCCUGGGCAUGUAUCCAAUUACUGGAGUGAUUCGUGAAUUAGUAUGCAAUUUAUGCUGUAUUUUAUUAGGUUAAGUAGUCUUUCCUUAAAUUUUGGUACAGUACUUUAAUUUGGGUUGUUUGAUUUUGGUAUGCUUUUGAGUUAUGAAAUGGCCCCCCUUCCUGGAAUUUAUCUGUAAACAUGCAGACAAAUUCAUUGUGUUCUCCAUGUAGCAGUGAAUAUGGCAUAUUUACCAUUUUCACAAGAUAUCAUUUGGCAGUGACCCUGACCAAAUGGUUAAAUCCUAGUGUCAAUACAUGGUGUAAAGUUGUUUCAUCAUUGCUACUAAUACACCUCCAAUUUGAAAGUUUUUUUUAAAUGGUAAGUAAAAGUUGUGCCAAAAAAAAGUGUUAAGCCAUAUGUUUUAGUAGAGUUCUGUGAGAUGAGAAUGUAUUUGUUUUGAACAAAUUGAACAGUCGAGUACACCAUUUCCCAAGCUGAACUUGUUUGCAUUAAUAUGUCCACCUACAUGUAGUGUUAUUGCUUUAAGUUGUAUAUUUAUAUGUUCCUCUGGUUUGUCAGGUCGUAAUAGUUCUAGAUAGUGGUGCGGUAUCAUCAUUUUUAAUCCGUCCUUGUCAUUUUCGGUGGCAUUUUAAUUAUUUUUUUAUCUGCUUUUAAUUACCAUUUGCUUCAAAGCAUCUUGAUAGUUUGUUAUCCAGUGAAAAACAUUUGCAUUCACUCCAGGUUUAAAGAAUCUGUAAUUAUACGUUUAUUGAUCUGUAGUCUUGUCUUGGAGCUAUUGUAUUAUCCCAUGGUUUUUUAGUGUAGCUUAACCAAACAUGUUUUACGAGAUGGUUCUUGAGGGUUUGAGUACCAGUGAGGGGGAACUUCCUUCCCCAAUCAUUGGAAAGGAAGAAAAGAUUGGAUAUAUCAGGAUGAAUAGUUUGUAAGGUUUAUUGUGGUUGAGAAUGUAACUGUUAAAUAAUGAACCCAACCAAGUUUGGCCUUAGCAUUGUGUGUGUUAUAGCUUAGCAGUCGAAGGGCCAGAGUUCGAUUCCUGCAGAGGAGGCAUCGUUUUAAAUUUGGUUUGAGCAAGUGUCCCGAUUUGUAACCAUGUUUUCUCUGGCUUUUAGGAACUUGUAUGGUUCACAAAUAUACAGCCAAAGAGAGAGAUCUUCCUGUCUUGCUUAGUUUGCAAUAGUGAAUCCAAAUCUAUGAAUGGAUUAACCUGUAAAUACUGUACCGUACUUCCAAUUCCAGCACUUGCUAGGAUUGAAAGACUCGGUCUAAAACAUAAGAAUAAUCUUGGUAUAACACAUAAAUCUUUAGUAGGUUUUGUUGACAAUUCACACCCAAAAAAAAAGAAAAAAAAGAAAGGGUGGGGGGGUUAUGAAAGUACUGGGUUUGUGAUGAGUUAGGCAGGGGCAUAAUAGUGACUACUUAAGAAGGUAAGUUGCCUGGUUACUAUCUUGUGAAUUAAUCAAAUUGUUCAUCAAUACGCCAUGCAUACAGGUGAAUUUGAUUUAACCCUUAAGCUGCUCUGGGUUACAGUAUUUGCCCUGCAACACCCACAGGCGCAAAAAAUUAAAAUUGUUGCGUCUGCUCCGCCCGAGCUGUCGGGAGGGAGUUGCCACAAAGAUAUUGCCUAAUUAUUUCAAUGUGUCCGAAUGAUUUUUUCCAAGUUUUU